AUGAGUACUGGUAGUUCGAGUAUUGUUCCAGCUGGUCACAUGAAUUACUCGCACUCCGUUUUAGUGCCAUUGGAAUUACCAGAGAUUGGGUCUUACCAGCCUGACCCCGCCACUGCUGAAUCCAUGCCUCAGCUUCCUCCAAGGCGCAGGCGCAGGCGUAAAGACAAGACGAAGGUGUCUCUUACGUCGGAAAAGUCUCAGCCGCAGUCUGUCCUUCGCCGUAUUCACUUUGUCCAGACGCCUAACUAUACCCCACCGCCGUUGCUACCUCUGUCACCAGACGACCGUGUGAAAUGGCCGUCAGUCAUACCUCCGUCAAGCGUGCAUUCGUUUCGAGCGCGUGCGACUGGUACCUUUGCAAACGAAGUGGUGAUACACCCGCCCGAGAGAAUAUCCGAACUCGGUUCGCGAGAGACCAUGGAGCAUACUUUCUGGGUAAAUGCUACCGGGUCAUGGAGGAGUGCUAGUCUACCCGAACCUUCUGAAGUAGAUCCAGAGCAAGAGUUUCAGGUCCUUGGCGUUCGCGGAGAAGCCAAACACGGUUGUUUCACGCAAUGCGUCGCUCCAGAGGCUUUGACCGGUGCUGAUACGCAGAUUCAUCAUCCCAGUGUUUCCGGUCGUUCACGGAAACGCAAAGCUUCAGUCGGCGGUAUGAAUGUCGUCAGAAACUCAAGCCGUAUCUCGUCUUCCGAAUCUGUCCCUGCCGCUGUCAUAGCAGGGAAUGGGAAGGGGUACAAGAAGCGGAGAUGCACGCCUAAGGAGCCGCUGAGUCCUUCAAGGUCUCACCUCCCAAAUGUCGACUUAGAUCAUACGACUCUGCUGUCAAGUUCGAAAACGGGCUCUGUGUUUGACGUCCCCUUUCGACUAUUAAGCCCACAGAGGCUUACCUUCGACGUCAUUGACAGUACCUCGUCCACCGCACACUCUGCUCAAGACCAAAACACUUUGCUGCCUUCUCUUGCUGUCGAUAGUGCCGCUUACCCUGGACCUCAGACAAGACCGCCUAGCGCAACUAGCGGAGCUGCAAGAACACCAGAGGCAAUAGUUAUAGACCUGGAGUCGAUGAUCGACGGAGGUGAGGAGCAAGAGGAACUUUCAAGCAGUGUCGCCACAGUGCAUCAUCUCUCGCAAGUUUCCACCUCGGUCGAGACCGCAUGCGACGUCGAAAAUGUGGAUGCAAAUCAAGUUAAAGGUCCCACCACUCGUUUCCCUGAGAAUUUCACGCAGAUACCCUCGCUCCCUAUACCAUCUACUAUGUAUCCUUCGGAUCGCUUCUUUGCAUCGCCGGCAUAUAUGCAUGACGUGCCACCUUAUCCCUACGUCACAGUACCCUGGUUUACGGGACAGCCUGUGCCCUAUCCUUGGGUGUCAUCUUCUGCGGUUUUCUCCCCACUACCUGAGGCUUCGGGAAGUGGGUCCCAUAUCCAGCCUCAUGCGUCUCAAGGUCCUGUUCCGUCCGCAUAUCUUUCUUUUCCCUUCUCGCCUGUUCCCACCCUAGGAUCGUUGCCACCGUUUGUGCCAGCGCCGAUGCACGUUCCCGUCCCGCUUCCUGUCCCCGCUACUCUCCCGAAUCUGGUCGCUCCACCUAAUUCUUGGUCCGAGAUGUUUAACACCCUAAAGUGUUCUGGUCCCUCAGUCGCGAGACAUACUGUCGAUUCAGGGUCCGCUAUGCUCGAACUACCCGCUGAUGGUGGAAUUGCCAUUACUGAAAUAUUGGAUCCGAAAGUGAAGGGGAGAGGGCGCGAUAAGGGACCGCACCAAUGCCCACUGUGCCUGCGCGUGUUCCGCUUCGGGAAUGGGCUCGCUCUGCAUCUCAAGUGGCACUGGGGCGCCAGCCGGCUGGAGUGGAAGCAAGGUGUGAGCCAAUCUGGUCUUGCAAAUGCGCGCGCUAGAGCUGAGGCAGGCGCUGCUGAGCGUUCGCGGGCUCGAUUGCAGUGCGAAGGUGCCGCUGAUGCUGGGGGCGUAUCUAUGUCGCCAUCGCUCCCCACGUCCACCGCCACCUCCCUGGCAAUCCCAGAUGAUCCGGCCACCAACGCGCCCUUGGAGUCGUAUAACUCCACAACCUCGUCGUCUACCCGCCCGAUCAUCACGACCCCGCCGCGAAAACCGGGAGCGCAAUCUAAUUCAUCUGCAUUCCCCAUGCCCGUGAUAUCCUGGGCAACACCGCGCCUUGGAUCCAGCUUCGAGGUAUUCACCUCCCGCUUUAGGACAAGUCCUGAAGCUGCCAGAUCCAAUACCUCCACCAGUCCCUCUGCCUCGCUCCAAGGCACCUUUUCCUUUGUCCCAUCUACCCUGAAAACCCACUUUCCUUGGCAGUCCAGUACGCAUUCUGUCCUCCAAACCCCAGAACGCAACUCUACGGAUGACGCAGCAUCUGCUGUCCGUUCCUCUCCAUAUGAUGACCUUUUUGAUGGUGACGAUUCCGACGACGACACUACCCCUCGAUCACCAGCGAAAGAGGUAAAUGAUGAUGCAAUACAGGGCCAAGAUGGCAUCGCCUGCGUCAAUCCUGCCAAUGUGGAGAUCAACCACUCCACGGUGUCGGAACAAGGGCACGAAGGCUCCCGCUCGUUGUCUCCUCUUGUCCAGUUCGCAGCUCUUCAGCUCUUGCCGUGA